AUGGAAACUCGACGACAUCGACAUGCCAGCGCACAUACAGCACAAAUAACAUCUGGUGUUGACUCGUCGUCGGACGAGGAUUAUAGGACCCCGCCGUCAUCUACGGGGUCCGCCGAUGACACCAGGCCACCGAGACGAGCACCACGACGACGAGCAACACACCCGCCACCGGAUGGCUUGGAGCAACAGGAGCUGCGUGCUCCUACGACUGCUUCCGCCGCCAGUGGUGUAGUGCGUCGCAUGAGAUGGACUCAACGAAUGAAUGAGAACGUCAUGCGAGCGUACUAUAGGGCGACAGAUGGGGGAACUAAUCUCACUGGGUAUCGCUCAAGAAUGGUGUCUUUGUUUCAGGCCCUUGAACCGACAGUGACCGUGUCCGCUCAGCGGCUAUCGGAUCAGGUGCGAGUUAUUCAGCGCCGUCGUGUGCUGGAUGAAUCUACACUUGAUCGGUUGCGCUUAAAUUUACCACAAGUUAUUACUACCGGUAACUCGACUCAUGAAUCUCCACAAAUUCCGAGUGUUAUAGAGAUUUUAAACACCCAAGAGGAGUUACAAGGUGGUUUAGAUUUGGAGGUAAGUAACCAGAAUGAUGAGCAAAUGAGGAGGACUUUGGAGGAUGCGAUUUUAGAGUUUAGAUCUGUGCCUAACAACCUUAGACCGAAACUACCUCGUUUGCCUGUCCAUAGACGAAAUAUGGCGUUGAUGGCAGUUCUAGACAAAAUAUUAGGUACAUAUUUAGAAAGUUCAUAUGACCUAAAUGAUACGCAUUCGAUCCUAUACUGUGGAGCUGUUGCAGUAUGUCGGAUAGCUUCUAUCAAAUUUCCAGAGCUGCAUAGAGCUGUAAAAAGACCAAAUACAGCUCCAGCUUGGCAGGCUGGGAUCGAAAGGCGCAUCUCUUUGACUAGAACUCUCAUUGCAAAGCUGAUCUGUUUUAAGGCGGGCAAUAGUCGCCCGAGGAUAAUGCGAUUUGUACACCAAGCAUUUGCUGGGACUAAUAUUAGUCCCUCUCAGUAUUUGUCUUUGGUUACGGAUCGUAUUGACUUCUUGAAACAGAAAGUCUAUGCAUGGGCACAACGCAUUAGGCGCUUUAAAAAACGCAUUGAUCGAGCUUCUCAGAAUCGUAUGUUCCAAAGUGACCAACGGAAGAUGUACAGGAAUUGGGAACGACCUAGAGGUUGUAUGGUCGUUGGAGAGCUUCCUACACCUGAUUCUAUGUCAGAUUUCUGGCGUAGCAUUUGGUCGGCUCCCAUAGAUCAUACCGAAGGUGAGUGGAUGAAUGUUGUGAGGGACCAGUGCGCUACGGUGGUAGAGAUGAAUCCUGUAACCAUUAGUGCUGAGGAUGUAAGAUGUGCAAUUCGUUCGGCAUCGAACUGGAAAUGCCCGGGGCCGGAUGGGCUCCACAACUUCUGGCUAAAAUGGUUCCGUAGUGCACAUCCUGUCUUAGCAACACAAUUCCAGAACUCCAUUGACUCUGGAUCGUUACCGACACUCAUGACAACUGGUGUCACGUUCUUGAUACAUAAGUCCGGAAGUACCGUUCAGAAUGGAUGUAAGGCUAGGGCACGCGGUACAAAGGAACUACUCCUCAUUGACACUGCUAUUUGCCAACAGGUUCGGCGAAAUAGAAAAAAUCUAGUGGCUGCUUGGAUUGACUACAAGAAGGCCUAUGAUUCAGUGCCUCACACGUGGCUCAUGGAGAUCAUGAGGUUGUAUAAGGUCGAUGCAACUCUAUGUUCUUUCCUUGACUCAUAUCUCUCUGUGAAGGUGAAACAUAUAAAUAUCUUGGAAUGUCAGAAGCGCUUGGUAUUGAAGUGA